AGAGUGGAAACACGUACGCUGACAUUGUGUGGCACACCGGAAUAUCUGGCACCUGAGAUAAUUAAAUCCAAACCCUACUCUACCAGCGUCGAUUGGUGGGCCUUCGGCGUAUUAAUCUAUGAAUUCGUGGCUGGCAGUUCCCCAUUUGCCGAAUACAAUCGGGACAUGAUGGCAAUGUAUGGUAAAAUUUGUGAUGGCACUUACAAAAUACCACAAAUGUUUCCACCAGCGCUAAAGGACUUAGUUCAACGAUUAUUGAUUGUAGAUCCCUCAAAAAGGCUAGGCUGUAUGGCUAAUGCACAGAAGGAUAUUAAAAAUCACGAAUGGUUCAAAGGCAUCGAUUGGUAUGGUCUAUUAAACCAACAAAUAUUGCCACCUUAUGUACCAGUUAUCACAAAUAUGGAAGAUCUUUCGAAUUUCGAUAAGUAUACUGAAGAUAAAAAGUCUACAAAAUCGAAAUCAAAUAAAUAUCCGGAAAAAUUCGCUGAGUUUUGA